AGGGGACAGUUCCAACGUAAGGACGCUGAUACUAGCCCCUAUAUAAACAUAAGAAGCCAAACAAAAGGAUGAUUUGUUACAAUAAACUCAAAAUGAACGCAGGUGUUGUUGGAUUUUAUUUUUUAAUCUUUAUUGCAAUUGCCACGUGUUACGACCGUGAACCAAUGCUGAGAUUUUAUCACGAUUCAUUUGAUAAAUUUACCGAACUACCAUUAAAUGAAGUCGAUCAAAUUUUGGAUACAUCGUGGUACAAUUCAAGUCGAACAACAGUGAUGUUUUGUCACGGAUUCACAGGAAUUCCCAACGGCCCUGCGGUGACAGAAAUCGUGACAGUAUACCUCAGACAGGGUGAAAGUAAUGUGGCGCUACUGAAUUGGGAGUAUUUAGCGUCCUCGCAAACUCCGGGCCUCGCGAAUUCAUAUGCAAAUUGGGCGGCUCCGAAUGCCAGACAGCUUGGAAAUCGAGUGGUGGAUACAUUCGUUCUUCUCUCCAAUGCUGGUUUAGACAUGAGUAAAACACAUCUUAUAGGCCAUUCACUCGGAGCUCAUAUUUGGGGCAUCGCUGGGUUUAAAUUGCAACAGAGAGGGAUAUUACUACCAUGGAUUACAGGUGUCGAUCCAGCCGCAGUCGGGUUCGGGGGCAAGACUGCUAGCCACAAGCUCAGUGCGGCCUCAGCUAUCUAUGUCGACAUUAUUCACACUGAUCCGAACAAAUACGGGCUACGGACCUCAGCUGGGACUGUGGAUUUUUGGGCGAACUACCGAAGCGUAGGGCCUGUUAGGCAGCCUGGGUGUGCCAAUAAGCCGACUGCUCAGUUUUCUACUCAAGAUCUUUGUAAUCAUAAUAGAAGUUGGAAGCUAUUAGCGGACGCGGUAAAAUAUCCGGACACCAUCAUUGGUUCGUACGCGAAAAACUAUAAAACGUGGAAACACUAUACCCGCGAGGAAAGACUUGCUGAAACUCUACCGCUGGGAAAAUACAACAAAAACGGACGGCCGGGAAAUUAUUACUUCGUGACCAACUCAGAAUCUCCCUACGGUCUCAAAACAGAUGGACUUUAAAAUUAUUCAGUUUAUAAUAAUGUCUUUUUAUGCAGAUAAGCAAUGUGUUUUUGAAUACGCACUAAGAUGUUACCAUUUAUGCAUCUUUGAUUUUAUAAAGCACGACUUCAAAGUGUUAUUCGAAGUUACCGUCAUUUAAUACAUACUGUGUAUGUAUAGAUAUAGUUUAUAUAAUACUAUGAA